CUGCACUGCAGGUGCAACAGCAGCCUGCCUUACGGUUGAACGGCGCCAGCUUCUGUAAAAGUGACCGCAUCAUCAAAGUUGGAAGAGCAUCCGAUCGAGGCGCCCAACUGUCGCUGACCUUGAGUGCUUUGUGGAACCGAUCGGCACUUGUGCCACCCAAGCGGCGCUCCCACCUGCAUCUGUGUAUUUUACCGAUUUCACUACGUUGUGGAGGACUUGUCCUUUGAGAAAUGGAGUCCGACAACGAAGGAGCCCACAGCAACUCGCGGGGUCCCUUGGACCCUGAGAGCGGCAGCGAUGGCGACGAGCUGCGGAACCCGUCCGAGUACAGCGACUCGGAGGCGGAGGAGAGCCGCGGAGGGCUGGAGAGCGACGCCCCGGAGGAGGAUGAUGAUGAUGACAAUGGGGAGGACCUUAUGGACGACAACAUGUUCCAGGAUUACCGGCCAAUGGACGAGUUGGAUCGCUACGAGCAAGCGGGGCUGGACGACUCGGAGGACGACCGCAGCCUGGGACAGAUCUUUCGGGACAGGGAGGCUGCAGAUCGGGACAUGGACAGGAGGCAGGCCAGUCAGGGCAGGCGUGGGCGGGGACUCCCAGAUAUCAUAGCAGAUGAUGACUCUGAUGACCCUGGGUACCUCGCCCGGCACAAGCGUGCGCGCAUGGGAGACGUAGACACAAGCUCAAAUGAUGGGACGAUCGACCCAGAGUCUGGAAAUGAAAGCGAGGGGGACAUGGGUGUGAAUCUGUUGGCGGAGAUGGCGGGCCUGCUGCGCGAGUACGUGACGCAGGCGAAUGUGCGCGCCUGCAUCCUGCGCAAGCUCAAGUCGUUCUUCAUCAACUUCCGGGCACCCGACAGCCGCGAGUACCGCUACCAGAAGCGAAUCCAGGACCUUGUUGCUGCAAAUCGCGAGUCUCUGGAGGUGGAAUACAGUGACCUCAGCGGGUGGGACCCAGGCAACUCGCCGGAUGGAUCCCCCUACAGCAGGAUCGCCAUGUGGAUUGCCGAUGCGCCCACCGAGAUGUUUGCCAUCCUCUCAGAGGCUGCGUGGGACAUCAUUCUGCAGCUACACCCCGAGUACCACCGCAUCAAAGAAACGAUCCACGUGCGCAUUGCGGGGCUGCCCAUCAUGGACAGCAUCCGGGACAUCAGGCAGCUCCACCUCAACUGCCUAAUCAAGACGGGCGGCGUGGUGACCCGGCGCACGGGCGUCUUCCCGCAGCUGCAGCAGGUCAAGUUCGACUGCGUCAAGUGCGGCUUCGUGCUCGGGCCCUUCUUCCAGAACACGACGCACGAGGUGAAGCCCGGGUCGUGCCCCGAGUGCCAGUCCAAGGGCCCCUUCGCCAUCAACGUGGAGCAGACCAUUUACCGCAACUACCAGAAGAUCACGCUCCAGGAGAGCCCCGGCUCCGUCCCCGCGGGUCGCCUUCCGCGCUACAAGGACGUCAUCCUCCUGCAUGACCUUAUCGACCAGGCGCGCCCCGGGGAGGAGAUUGAGGUGACGGGCAUUUACACCAACAACUUCGACGCCGCGCUCAACACCAAGAACGGCUUCCCCGUGUUCGCGACGCUGAUCGAGGCCAACUACAUCCACAAGAAGGAGGACCUCUUCUCCGCCUACAAGCUCACGGACGAGGACAAGGCCGAAGUGCUCAAGCUGUCCAAAGACCCGCGCAUCGGACAGCGGAUCAUCAAGUCGAUUGCGCCGAGCAUCUUCGGUCACGAGCACAUCAAGACGGGCCUGGCGCUGGCCAUGCUGGGCGGGCAGGAGAAGAACGUGGACGGCAAGCACCGCCUCAGGGGGGACAUCAACAUGCUCCUGCUCGGCGACCCAGGGACCGCCAAGUCCCAGUUCCUCAAGUACGUGGAGAAGACUGCGCAGCGCGCGGUGUACACGACGGGCAAGGGCGCGUCCGCGGUGGGGCUGACGGCGGGCGUGCACAAGGACCCCAUCACGCGCGAGUGGACGCUCGAGGGCGGCGCGCUCGUGCUCGCGGACCGCGGCAUGUGCCUCAUCGACGAGUUCGACAAGAUGAACGACCACGACAGGGUGUCCAUUCACGAGGCCAUGGAGCAGCAGAGCAUCUCCGUCAGCAAGGCGGGCAUUGUGACGUCACUCCAGGCGCGCUGCUCCGUCAUCGCCGCAGCCAACCCUACGGGGGGCAGGUAUGACUCGAGCAAGACGUUCGCUGAGAACGUGGAGCUGACGGACCCCAUUCUUUCCCGGUUCGACAUUCUGUGUGUUGUCAAGGACGUGGUCGACCCCGUGACCGAUGCGAUGUUGGCCAAGUUCGUGGUAAACAGCCACCGCAAGAGUCACCCCUCUUUCGACCCCGCCGAGGACGCCAGCCUGCUGCCGGAAGCGCAAGUCGACGACGAGGUGCUGCCGCAGGAGCUGCUGCGCAAGUACAUCACGUACGCGAAGCAGAACGUGGCGCCCAAGCUGCACGACGCGGACCUCAACAAGCUCGCGCAAGUCUACGCCGACCUGCGCAGGGAGUCCAUGUCGGGCCAGGGCGUGCCGAUCGCGGUGCGGCACAUCGAGAGCAUGAUCCGCAUGGCGGAGGCGCACGCGCGCAUGCACCUGCGCAGCUACGUGCGCGAGGAGGACGUGGACAUGGCCAUCCGGGUCAUGCUCGAGUCCUUCGUCUCCACGCAAAAGUUCGGCGUGCAAAAGCAGAUGGCCAAGACGUUCAACAAGUUUUUGACGUUCAAGAAAGACUACAACGAGCUGCUGCUGUACGUGCUGCGCCAGCUGGUGCGCGAGGCCGCGCGCCUGGCCGCCAUGCUCGGGGCGGGGCCACCCGACGGCCGCACCGAAGUGCCGCUGCACGACCUGCAAGCCAAGGCUGCGGAGUACGACAUCAACGAUCUGCAGCCCUUCUUCUCGAGCACACAAUUCUCGGCCAACAACUUCACGCUCGACUCGGAGAGGAGUCUCAUCAUCCACGAAAGGCUGCAAUAGUGUCUGUAGAAAAUUCAUUGUUUUCUUAGCGGAUAAUAGGCUAUAGUGUAAUGUCAUUAUAUUUGAACGAGUUGCUGUGUCACGGGAAUGUGGGCAUCAUUGGGUAUAAUCAGAAGAGGCAAGGUGUGCUGACAAUUCGCAAAACAACAACCACCUUGCGUGUCUUCGCUAGAUAUAGCACGCUCUUCUUGCUCCACUUGAUUCAAGCUGUCAUCGACUCCGCGUCGAUACGAAACUAUGCGUCUUCCGUCUAAACUUGACAUGCGGCGGCAAGUAAUCGGGCGCCUUGCAAGCCAGGGCACAGAUGCACUAGAGAACAAUGACGUUCACCGAACGCUCUCAUUUGACGUUACUCCGUGU